AUGGGUUUCUUCCAGAAUUAUCGUGUCUAUAUCCUUACGACAGUGGCUUACUCCGGCUCACUGCUUUUUGGCUAUGAUACCGGUGUCAUGGGCAGCGUCCUCGCCCUGGACAGCUUCAAAAGAGAUUUUGGACUCCCCAGCGGCUCGGACGGAUUUGCGUCAUCGAAGAAUGCCCAAGUAUCCUCCAAUGUCGUGUCGCUGCUGACGGCCGGUUGCUUCUUCGGUGCCAUCUUCGCCGCCGUUUUGAACGACCGCCUCGGGCGUCGCGUGUCUCUCAUGAUCUUCUCGCUAGUCUUCCUAAUUGGAGCGGCUAUCCAGGUCGGAGCUCAUCAUGAGAUUGGUAUGAUAUACGGCGGUCGUGUGGUGGCUGGACUAGGCAUCGGCGGCAUGUCGAGCAUCACCCCAGUCUUCGUGAGUGAGAACUGCCCUGCAAAUAUCCGUGGGCGUGUGGCCGGUCUCUUUCAGGAGUUUCUGGUGAUCGGAAGCACGUUCGCAUACUGGCUCGACUACGGGGUUUCUCUGCACAUCCCGACAAGUACAAAGCAAUGGCGUGUCCCGGUCGCUAUCCAGCUCAUCCCCGGUGGGCUGAUGUUCAUCGGACUCUUUUUCCUCAAAGAAUCACCUCGCUGGCUGAUGAGCAAGGGUCGCUAUGAAGAAGCCCUCCAAUCUCUAGCUUACAUCCGAAACAAACCUGCGAACGAUGAGGAAGUGGAGAAAGAGAUGGCUGAGAUCAGAACGUCCAUUGAAGACGAGCUGGCAGCGACCGAGGGGCUCACCUGGAAAGAAUUCCUGCAGAAGAGUAACCGGAAUCGUUUCCUGUUCGCAGUUGUGCUCAUGUUCUGGCAGCAGUUCAGCGGCACAAAUUCAAUCGGUUAUUAUGCUCCUCAGAUCUUCCAGACGAUCGGCCUGAGCGCGACAAGUUCAUCCCUCUUUGCUACCGGCGUCUAUGGAACAGUCAAGGUCGUCGCCACAGCGAUUUUCUUGCUCAUCGGUAUCGACCGAUGGGGCCGGAAGCCAAGUCUGAUUGGCGGCGCUGCCUGCAUGGCGACCAUGAUGUUCAUCAUUGGGGCUGUCUUAGCCACGCACCCGCCCGAUCCAAACGCCUCCGGGGUAUCCCAGGCUUCCAUCGCCAUGGUCGUGAUGAUUUAUCUUUAUGUCAUCUGCUAUUCGACCUGGGGACCUGUUCCAUGGGUCUAUAUUGGCGAGAUUUUUCCGACCCGUCUUCGUGCAUACGGCGUUGGUCUCGGAGCCACAAGUCAGUGGCUUUUCAAUUUCGUCGUAACCGAGAUUACCCCUCGUGCUGUCAACAACAUUGGUUGGCGGACAUUCCUCAUGUUCGGCAUCUUCUGUGUGGCCAUGGGCCUGUUCAUUCUCUUCUUUGCCAAGGAGACUAAAGGUCGUAGCCUAGAAGAGAUGGAUGUCCUCUUUGGCGCAGUCGAUGGAAACGAGAGACACGCCGCGGUGAAACAUGCCCUGCACAAGAGUGUUGCAACACACGCUGAAAAUAUCGACAGGGAAGCUGGAGGCCAGACCCAGCAGGACAAGGUCUAG